AUGUGGACCUGGCUAAAAGGACCCGGUAAAGCUUUUCGCAAACCAUUACCAGGCAGCACAAAUUAUCUAGGCGCAUACGAUAAGCAAGGACAACUGGCGCGGAUGAAGAACAAUCGUGACGGUGAUCAGGCUGAUCGGCGAAGAAACGAACCUGAAGCUCUAGAGGAUGAAGAUGUUGCUGCGAAACGUGAUAUGGAGGAUGAGAAUUUGUCGGAAGAAGACAGAGAGCUGCGAGCUGAGCAGAGAAAAAUUGCACGUGCCACGCGAGAGGCAGAGGUGGAUGAUAUGGAUGAGCGGGAAGGCCGACCCAGAGAACGACUAACAGAUCUUCGACCCUACCCACUAAAUCACGGCUUUCGAAGUCAGCCGGUACUGUCAGAGGAUCUAAGAGAGAUGCUAUACAUUCAGACGGUGGAGCAAGGGCACGACUUGUCAAGUGUUGCUGCUACAUUCGGCGUGGACUUGAGAAGAGUGGCUGCUGUCGUUCGACUGAAGACUAUUGAGAAGCAAUGGCAAGCAGAGGGUAAACCACUAGCUACGGCCUACAGCGAAGCAGUCCUCAAGAUGCUCCCUACCACACCUUUUAAACCCAACACCAACAAUCCUGUCACGCCACACGAGCCCAUCAACGAUCUUCCAGUACACCCAUCCACGCGCCCACAAAUCUUUUACCCAGCUUCAGAGUCCCGAUCCUUCACCUGUGAAGAUGCAGCCGCAGUCUUCGACCGCAAGCUAUUACCUGCCGACAAGCGCAUCCCUCUUCCUAUGCUUGUGGAUCUCGAGAAGUGGAAGAAUGAGGGCUUGAAUCGUGCUGAGCGCACAGCGAGGCAGAUUGAAAAGGACCGCUCAGCGCGAGAAGAAGCCGAGACGAAGGAGAGGAAGAAGUUGGAGUGGGAGGAGAGGACACAGAGGACUGUGCCUGGAAGGAGAUGGGAUUUUAACUUUCAGGAUAUUAGUGCUGAGAAGGUUGGGAAGGAUGGAAGGGGACGAGAUGCGAUCGGCUUUAGGUAUGGUAUGCCGCAUAUUGAUCGCAAGGCUGGUGUGGUCAAGAUACCUACGAGUGUGCAGUAG